UGUAAUCAAGAUGUAUCGGUGUCAUCCGGGUAAUCCGGAGAAAAACUCAGCCUCGCGCUGUCAUAAGGUCGACAUAUCCCCCUCGCGCAUGUAUCCCAGUGAAAGUAUACGUCCGCCUACCCCACCUUGAGCGGCCGCGGAACUCGUGCACGCUUCGUGUCCGAGGAAGGGGUCCUUCCAACCACGCAUACGUAUACCCAGCGUGUCCCAUGUUGCUAGGAGAGACUCGUGGCGCUCGGUGUAGAACCGAAUCGCGCCAGUCUCUGGACCCAACGUGGACACUUUCAAGUCACUUUGGCCAAAAGCGACGAGACAUCCGGUUAUACAUGGUGGUCGACCGCAGUAGUCCGUUGUAGUCGGUGGCGUAGCGGAGCUGCACGCUUACAUCGCGCGGUAACACCGGGCCGAUCACCGCAAACACGAAGUAACGAGGGACGAGACAGUACAGCCGAGAUUCCGUGCCGGAACGUCGAGUUUUGCUUCCUCGGCCAAACCAGCGAGACCGGGUCGAUGUGGAUUGACUAGCGAUCGGAGCAGUAGUAACACCGGCUGCCUUCUCAUACGGAAGGAACUCGGAGAGAGGCUAUUGACUCUACUUCUCGCUCCUCGCCCCUGCACCCUCGCGUGGUCUCCAAGGGUGGCGGCGAUCUCGCUGCUCGGGUCGUGCAAGAUCGUUUAUCGGGCCUGGUGAUAUCACGAUCGCAUCGAUCGGUCGGCACGCGAUGCCAAUUAAGUGACUUCGCGGGCUCCUUCCUGCCGAGACACCUGCCGCACUCCGCCGCAAGACAGAGACAGAGAGAGAAAGAGAGAGAAGGUCCCGUCGCACGCAGGGCUGGUGAAUCAUAUUACGAUCGAUCGGAAAUGGCGAUCGCGUGGCACCUAAUAACAAUUUUGUUCUCGAUGGUCAUCGGGGGCGAGCCUUGCACGGAGUAUGGAUGUCCAGGACGACCGCAAUACGAGCCCUUCGUCCCUGCCCCUCCGGGACAUACCCCUAACUGCGCGCCGCCGGGACAAACCUUCUGUGAGACUCCGGACCAUUAUCCACGCCGGCUCAUCAAGUUUCUCGUGGACAAAUGCAGCUUCGACUUUAGUACCGCGUUGCGGGACGAGUCCCGCGAUGACUUCAACACUUACAGUUCGCUUCCGGAUUAUGAUCGAGGCUACGAUUAUCCGCGACAAGACGAUCCUGGAUUGUUCGCGCAAAUCCCGUCGACGCCAGCCUCGAUAUAUGGGCCUCCGAUUAACAGUAGCUACAAUCACGGCUACAAAUAUUCAGUGCCGUCACAAUCGCAAGAGAAUCCGUUCCUAACGGGAAUGGCGUUCAAGUACCAUCGUAACAUCCAACGACAGGCUGAACACACCUACUCGCAGGGGGCGUUUAGCCCAAAUCAAUCAUGGUUGACCAAUAGAUACUCGCGAGGCGACAAGGUGGCGCCUCGAACUUACCGCAUGAAUCCUCUGCUGGGCUACGUGAAAUCGAAGUCGAGCGAUCGUGUUAAAAGGCAAAUGAAUGCAGAUGCCAUCGCCUUAUGUCCAACGCAGUCGCAGUACAUCGUUCCUAGAGCGGCCCUAAACAAUCAAGGCAACUGGAUGUACAUUGUUAACCUUCCAAACCAGGACAACAAGUACACACAGCUCGUCAAGAGCGAGAAAUGCUUAAACGACGAAUGCAACGGUAUAUGCUCCAUUCCUACGGGCUAUCGAAGCAGAUGUCAACAGCAGUUUGUGCAAAAGAGGCUGGUCGCGCUCGAGGGCAGCGGCAAUCGCCUUUACACAGACGUGUUCUGGUUCCCGCACAGUUGCACGUGCGAGAUCGUGCCGAAUUAUUGAGACGCAAAAAUUAUCGAGCAUUACGGCGAAUUGUGUCGAUUGAAUGAGCGGCGAGCUCGUUUUCAAGGGUAAACCACUAGACGCACUUACAGCCAAUUAAUCGAAACGUUUUCCCCGCGAUUGAAACUCGACGCCGAGAGAACUGUGACGCAGAGUGCGCCUCGCAUCAGCACUGAGACAGUGGAUACCGAUAAUGUAGCGUUCUGUGUGAGCAACAUGUACCCUCGCAAGCUGCGUAAAGGCGCGUUGCAUGUGCAUUACCAGCGGUGUGUUAAAAGGUAGACGUACGUUAUCAACGUAGCUGUUGUGUAAAGUACGUCGCGCUAUAUCGUCAAUCGUGAGCGGCGUAAAUCUAUUUGUUACAGGCGAUAUCUUGAAGCUGCGAAAUGUGGCACCUCGAACGUUUCCGUCAACGACAAACGUCGACGAAAGGAUCUUUUGUAAGAGAAAGAGAGAGAGCGAGUUGCCACUGUUUCCGUUUGCAUAGGCCAUUUGGCGUUAAAUACGCAUGGAGAGAAAUCUUUUACUUUAUUAACCGGAGUAAAGCGUGUCGAUCGUUUUUUUUCGUUUAUGAUUUUGCGCAAUCACUGCGAAAACAAUACGUUUCGCCUUGAUAUCGUGGAUCAUUAGUUUCUAGUUAUACUUUUUUUA